AUGGCUCUGGUGGCCCAUCGGAUGAUGUUGCCCGCGCGGCAUCGUCGCAGUACCACCCAGCAGGUGGCCCGCAACAAGGUGGGCGUUCUUUUGGUGCCCAGUGUAGCGGACUAUUACGGCGGCGAGAUGCAGCCUCCUUUGGCCGCACCCUCGCCCACCCCGGCCGCCUCCCAGUUGCACCUGCCGCAGGAUCCAACGGAAACAGCCGCCGUCGAUGGCAGCAAUGCAAAAGUGAGUGCAACAAGUCGGUGCAACGGCCCCAAUUCAGAUCUCGAGCCAGCUGCCUACGUGGAAAUCCGCAACGGUAGCUCACUUCACCUGUCGACCAUGGAACAACGUGGACCAGGAAAGCCACCUGGCAGACGGGAGAAUGAAAUUAUCAGGCAGGCUGAAAAGGAGCACGAGUUGGUGAGGCGGCAGCGAUUUCUAGAGAUACCAAGAAUUGACAAAAACCAAUCUAGUUUGAAGGACAGUCAAAAAACUAAUAGUUAA